AUGGAUAUCUACGCACGUGUUCGGACAAGCAUAACAUCCUGGAGACACGACACACCUCUUCCAACCGAUCUACCAGGAGAUCCAAAAUUCCAGUCCUGGCACCAGUUCGACCCCAACUCCCAGCAAUGGAAUCCAGUAAGCGCGACUGAAAAUGCAGAGUCACCCCGCGUCGAUGAACCAUCAUCCGAUUUAGUACUCUUAACAUGGAACAUCGACGCAUUAUCCGAGCGGACACAAGAACGCAUCACUGAAAUUCUCACAUUCAUCACCCACCUGGAUUCCAAGGUGGACGUGAUAUUCCUGCAAGAAGUCUCACAGCGGGGUUUGCGACUGAUUUUGAGCGACGAGCGUAUUCGAGCAUCGUGGUUUUCGAGCGAACACGAGAACUCGCCGACCAGACAUUCUUUUACCACGAUGACGUUAGUAUCUAAAACACGCUUUUCACGACCAGGCUCCAAGGUGAGCAGGUUCGCUCUAGGGCCUAUGUGGAGGGUAGCGUUUCCUAGUCACUUUGGAAGGGAUGUAUUAUUUUGUGAUCUGUUUGUUCCUUCACCUACAGACGCUUCUUCUACCACACGAGUACGACUUGCAAACGUUCAUCUGGAUUCCCUGCCUAUCCAACCUUCUCACAGACCCCAACAACUCUCUAUUGUCUCCUCUUUCCUGCGUAGUGCAGGCCGUGGGCUGGUUGCUGGUGACUUUAACCCCGUUUUGGAUGAAGAUGCCGUCCUGAUAGAGUCCAAUGGACUUACAGAUGCCUGGUUAGCCCUUCAGCCUGAAGAACCUGGGUAUACAUGGGGAGCGGAUGGGAAGCAAAGAUUUCCGCCGAAUCGGAUGGAUAGAAUUGCGCUGCUUGGUCUCAAAGCGCGUGGUAUUGAAAUAUUGGAGGCUCGGCGAGUGGGGGAGUUGGAUGGACGACAGAACUCGCAAAGUGAGACGAAUAUUCCUGAGUCCCAGGACACUGAGCCUACAGCUAUACCCUGGAGCGAUCACCAUGCUUUGCUUUGUUCUUUUGCACUUGAAGAGUGA